AUGCCUUCAAAAAAGAAAAAAUAUAACGCGAGAUUUCCAGCUGGUAGAAUAAAAAAAAUUAUGCAAACAGAUGAAGAAGUUGGAAAAGUGGCACAAGCAGUACCAGUUAUAAUCUCUAGAACAUUGGAAUUGUUUGUGGAAUCGUUAUUAACCAAAUCGAUGCAAAUAACACAAGCGAGAAACGCCAAAACUUUGACUCCGUCCCACAUGAAGCAGUGCAUACUGUCAGAGAGCCGUUUCGACUUCUUAAAAGACUUAGUUAAAAACAUACCAGACGCCAGCGUGCAGGAAGAUAACGAGAACAACGCCCUAUUCGAAGAAGUUUCCACCAAAACCGAGGAAGAUACGGGGAAAAUGGAGGAAGACGAGGAAGAGGAGGCGCCGGUGAAGCAGCCGGCGCCACGAAGCAAAUCGAAAUCGUCCAGGCGAAGCGUCCACGAGAAGGAGAAGCAUCCCCCGCACACGGACGUGUAUCCAUCACCGCCUCCCCCGAACGUAGCCUUCAGCGAACAAUGCCCUCUCCCUUCCUCGUCGAGCAGUACCAGCAGAACGCCGGUUAUCCAGUACGUACCGAAGGUUAGCGCCGAGAAUAAGAUGAGUUUUUCCGUAAAUAAUUUGUUAAAGCCCGACGAACCGAAAUUGCACAUUACCAUAGCGUCCGAGGAGCUGCUACCCCCGAUUCCUCAACUCAUACCUACUGGCAGAUCUUCGAGUGGUUUACCGUCUAGAGGACAUCCUAGUGAUAACGUGCCGCCUCCCUUGAUACCCAUCGCCCGCUUCAAUCAGAAUUCCACUGAAAAUAAUUUAUAUAUUGAUGAAGAUUAUGACAAUUGA